ACUCGGUCACACUGGCAUCAGCUGUUUAAUAGCUGACAAAAAUAAGGUAAAUACAAAAUAGAAGCUAAUCAAUACGCAGCGGAAUACGCGAGAGGCUUUUUAACAUAUACACUCGAUCCCAAAAACAUUUGUCGGUGUUUGGCUCUGCGGAUUUAACGAGUUCUCAAUCUUGUCGCAGACGAUUUUUAGAAAAAGGGGACUCCCAGCAUAUGUGCGGCCGCAGUUCACAGAUCGCUGAUGAUAAAAACCAGUCAGUGCUACCACGACAACGAGACCAGCAUGUCGGAGGAAGAGUCAUUCGUCAUCCUAGGAAGCUCGCCGUACUCCUCGCUUUUGCCGGACCAAAGUUCGCUGGUGUAUGACGGUUUGGACGACGUUGAGGAGGCGAAGGAACCCAUUCUCUCUGCAAGCAUUCAGCAACCAUCUGAGGCCAAUGCUCCCACCAGCAUGACCCGUUCACAGCAACCGAAAUCGCUGGACUCCGGCGCGUCCCAGCACCAGUCCCUAGCAGCCAGUUUCAUAAUGGGCGAAGUGCAGUCCGACGUCCUAAAGAAUAGUGUUUACUCGCAGUUUCCUAGCCUCUGCUCGCUCCAGGCUUCCGCCGAGGACGUGGUCAAGCUGCAAAACAUGAUGACCGAAUAUCUAGCAUUGAAGAACACACUUGACAAGGUGAACCACACCAUGCUGAACUACCAUAAACAGACGCAGCAGUGGCGCCAGGAGGCCGCCGACAGGGAGCAGCAGUACAAGCAGCAGCUACAGGCUUGCCAAGAGCAGGUUGAGCAGCUACGUGAGGAAAACCAGAAGCUUAAGGAAGACCUAGAGACCAAGAUGCUUCAGAUCGAGUUGGAGCAGAAUUGCAGCCAGAAAGAGCAGAGUGAGCUGAGGCAAAGCAUCUCCGCGAAGACAUCAUUGAUUGACAACAUGCGGGUGGAGAUCGAUAAGCUGCAGCAGCUCAAGAUGCACUCAUUUGAAUUUGUACCUGAGGACGGAGGCCAAACAGAACCGGACCCAGCCAAGGCCUUGAACUAUGUCCAGCGGGACGAACAUGACCGUCAAGUGAUGGAGUUACAACGUCAGCUCUCUAAGCUAAUGGCGGAGAAUCUGGAGGCCAACGACAUGAGGAAAACCUACAUUGAAGAGAUUGACUGCUUAAAAGUAAAUCUGACCAGUGCACAAGAACUAAUGGAGAAAUUGCAACGUGACAUCAACGAACUAAAGGCCAAGGACAUCCAAAAGCAGGAGAUAAUCGAUCACCUUCAGACCCAGAACGAUAUAUACCGCAGGGACUUUGAAUUGGAGCGGGCAGAUCGCGAGAAGAACGCCGGCGAGAAGGAUCAGUAUUUGAUGGAUCUGCGGGCGCUGCAGAGGAGAAAUCAAGAGCUUAUCGAAGCUCUAGCCAAGACCAGCAAGUCGGCCUCGCCUGCAUCUUCUUUGAGUUCGAGCAGGAGCAGUCUGAGGGAGGAGCAGAGACCAGUAAGAGUCCUUGAUCCAACAGGCGCCGCCUCGCGGACUUCGGAGGUCGGCCUGCGCUGUCCCAUCUGCUCAAAGUCCUUUAACGUUCUCAGCGUACUUCAGAGUCACGUAAACGAUUGCUUAGACAAAAAUUAAGACAAUUAUCAAUUAUUAAAAUAUUUUUGUAGUAAACAGUA